AUGGUGCUGAUUGCGCGGAACUGCUUACGAAGUUUGACAAGAGUCUAUUUGUUGUUGAACUUCCAGUCCUGUCUGCACAUGGGACACUGUUGCUGGGGUUGGGAGUGCAGCCACUUCACGAUGCAAUGGAUGUGGAAGCAGUGGGAGCAAGUGCCCCACACCAAAGGGCAGUCGUCUCCAGGGAGCUUGCAGUCAGGGCAACAACUAUCAAAGGGCAUGCGACAAAUGCCACAGUUAUCGUCGUUAGCUACCCACCGCCAAGUCGCUACGCCCGUCCAACUUUUAAUGGUUACUUUCAUAUCACGAAUCUUGCAUACCGUUGCAAAUCUAAAUUAA